UGAGGGAGAAAGAAUUCAUUGUUGGUCUUUCACUGCUCUGUCAAUUGGCUGGCUUUCCUCCAUGUGAAACCUGGGAGGAGCGUGCAGGAAAAGUGAAACACACUUGCAGUGAGGAAACAGGAGGAAAAGAGUAAUACAGUCUUCAAGGCAAAUGAAUUUUUUUGCAUUUGUAAAACAACUUUAAUUCAAAUUUAUGUUCUUUAAAAUAUUUUUCUACUGGAAUGGAACUUCUCUCUGUAAAAGUGAAAAAAGGAAGGUUGGAUAAAGCAGCUGAUGCAUUCAAAACCUAUGUUGUUUUAAAAGUCCAAAAUUUAAAAAGCACUACAAUAGACAGAAGGGGAAGUGAACCUUGCUGGGAACAGGACUUCAUGUUUGAAAUCUGUGCUGAUGGAAAGGGCUUCAUUAUAGAGCUGUGGAAGAAAGGCUUGCUCUGGGAUAGCAUUUUAGGAGUUUUAUGGAUUCCCCUUGCGACUGUGAAAUAUGCAACAGAUGAAGGUCCAGGUUCAUGGUGGACACUGCAUUCUGAAGUAAUAAAAAACGGGAGUGAGAUUCAAGGCACAAAAACACCAACUUCACAUGAGAUCUUACUGGAUGUCUACUUUGCAUUACCAUUUGAUACCCAAAAAGAUUUAGAUUGCAGAGGCUGGCACAGAGGGACACCCCUCCAAGGUGCAAGAUGUUCACGCCAAGAUACGUAUGAUAGUCUGUCAACCAUGGAAAGUGGUCUCAGCAUAAAAGAAAGUGAACUAAGGAGAAAUAAAGAUCAAGCUGAUGAAAGUAAUUUCGCAAAAGCAAGAUGGGCCAGGGCUAUUCAGAAGACACUUCAAGAAACCAUGUGCAGCAGAGUGAGAUUUUUCAAGACAUACAAAACACCUUCAGGAUUUGGUUUCGGACAAGCAGAUGUGUGAUUUAUUUUUUUU